AUGUGUCUGAACAAUCUCUUCUCAAUCCUCUGUUUCGUCCUAGCUGUUAGCUUUGGCUUUGUCUCUGCACAAAGAUGUGGAGAUUCACUGUUUUUCACCCCAAACAGUACUUACGAUACAAACCGUCGUCUCGUUCUCUCAACUCUUGCUUCCAACGUCAGUUCUCAAAACAACCGCUACUACAACGUCUCGGUUGGUGAAGGAGCUGGAAGGAUCUACGCCUUAGGACUCUGUAUCCCAGAGACUGAUCCAAAGGUCUGUUCUGAUUGUAUCCAACCUGCGUCUGUUAGAUUAUUACAGAAUUGUCCAAACCAAACCGACUCAUGGGACUGGAGAGCCGACAAGACGCUCUGUUUCGUUAGGUACUCUAAUAGCUCCUUCUUCGACGUGAAAACUUUAAUGCCGACACAAGCAGAGUACAACACUGGAAUGUAUAAGGGGAACGUUACAGCUUAUACGAGAACAUGGGACGCGUUCAUGGAGUUUAUGCUCACCCGAGUUGGUCAAACUCGAUACUUGGCCAAUAUAUCCCCUCAGAUAGGUUCUGAUAGUAUAUACGUGUUGAUGCAGUGUAUUCCAGGGCUAUCAUCUGAAGACUGUGAAGAUUGUCUUAAAGAAAAUGUUCAACAGUACAAGAGUUGUUGCAACGGGUACAUAGGUGGUACAGUUCGCAAGCCGGUAUGUUAUUUUAGGUGGGAUGGUUAUCCAUAUCUUGGUGCCUUUGGUGUCACGCCAUCUCUACCUCCUCAAGUAUCUCAACCAACGCUGCGUCCGUCUCCUCCUCCACCUCCUACUCCUCCAGAUGGAAACAAGAUUUCUACGGGAGCUAUUGUGGCGAUUGUUGUUUCCGCGGUUAUGUUCUUGGUGCUGCUCACUUUAGGGUUAGUUAUUUGGAAGAGAAGACAAUCAUACAAAACAUUAAAAUCUCAAACUGAUGGUGACUUGAUAAGUCCACAGUCUCUUCAAUUUGAUUUUGCAACAAUUGAAUCGGCAACAGAUAAAUUUUCUAUGAGUAACAAGCUAGGUCAAGGGGGAUUUGGUGAAGUUUACAAGGGUAUGUUACCAAAUGAAACAGAAAUUGCGGUGAAGCGUCUAUCGAGAAAUUCAGGACAAGGCACACAAGAGUUCAAGAACGAGGUUGUGAUCGUCGCUAAGCUUCAACAUAAGAAUCUUGUUAGGCUUCUUGGGUUCUGCGUAGAAAGAGAUGAAAAGAUACUAGUCUACGAGUUUGUUCCCAACAAGAGCCUUGAUUAUUUCCUCUUUGAUCAAACAAAGAAGAGUCAACUAGACUGGAAACGACGGUACAACAUCAUAGGAGGGAUUACGCGAGGGCUUCUCUAUCUUCAUCAAGACUCACGGCUUACCAUCAUACAUCGUGACAUCAAAGCAAGUAACAUUCUAUUAGAUGCUGAUAUGAAUCCUAAGAUAGCGGAUUUUGGAAUGGCAAGGAAUUUUAGAGUGGACCAAACUGAAGACAAUACAGGAAGAGUUGUUGGAACCUUCGGGUACAUGCCUCCAGAGUAUGUGACGCAUGGCCAAUUCUCUACUAAAUCUGAUGUUUAUAGCUUUGGAGUAUUGGUUCUGGAGAUUGUUUGUGGCAAGAAGAAUAGCAGUUUCUAUCAGAUGGAUGAUUCAGGGGGAAAUUUGGUGACACAUGUUUGGAGGGUCUGGAACAACGAAUCACCUUUAGAACUCAUCGACCCUGCGAUAAAGGAAAGUUACGAUAAUGAUGAAGUCAUUCGAUGUAUCCAUAUCGGAAUUUUAUGUGUUCAAGAAACUCCGGCAGAUCGUCCAGCUAUGUCUACAAUAUUUCAAAUGCUUACUAAUAGCUCCAUUACUCUACCUGUGCCUCGACCACCCGGAUUUUUCUUCAGGAACAGACCCAAUUUAGACCCUUUAACCUAUGGAUCCGAGCUGGGGCAAUCCAGCAGCAUGUCUGAUCCUCAUUCUAGAGACAGUGACUCACACACUAGAGUCACUCCUCGUUGAAAUUCUUGCUUUUGCACUCUCAUGUAUUUAGCACUAGUCCGUACAUUUUUCCUUAGUAUAUAUGUAGCACAAACAACUAUUUUUUCUUCAAAAUUAUGUGUAAGAGAGUCGAAGUUUUAACCCA